AUGUUCUCAAGUUUGACAACGAAGCUGGCGAUGAGGAAGGUUGGGUUGUCGAGCGACAGUCUCGACUUCAAUUCCUCAUCAAAAUCCAGCAAGCCAAAUGACGGGUCUGUACCGGGUCUUGAUGAAUUGGAAGACUCAAAUGGAGGAUGGCCAGCGUGGAUGAGCACUAAAAAACUCCCACUUACAGCGCAAGCCUGGUUAUCACCGGUACCACCACCAGUUCCAGUCGCUGAAUGCCCCAAGCCAGGCGACCUGGCCCCGCUAGACCGCGACAGACAGCUCAUAUUCGGUGGUGGAAAGCCGGUCAUCGUUCUCUUUAUGCGAUGUGUCGGGUGCGCCUUUGCGCAAAAGUCCUUCCUAGCCCUCCGCGACCUCGCCAUCAAGAACCAAGGCAAACUCACAUGUAUAGCCGUAUCGCAUUCAUCGCGCGAGGCGACAAAGAAAUGGGUCGAUAUAUUAGGUGGCGCGUGGAACGUCGAAAUAGUCAUCGAUGAAGAUCGCGCGAUCUACGCGGCAUGGGGCGUUGGUCUAGGGACGGUAUGGUCUAUGUUCAACCCCACUACACAAAUGCAAGGUUGGAAGGAGAAGGGUUGGUUGGGAAUCAAAGUCGCCAAUUCCCUCCAACGGACGGGCAGUCUUAAGCCUGAUGGCACCGCGCCAGCCGUGGGAGGGGAUAUGAGUGAUGGACCGGCAACAGUCAUGGGGAAUAAGUGGCAACAGGCUGGCCUGUUUGCCGUCGAUGGACGAGGGACUGUAGUAUGGGGAGCAAAAGCACUGCGCGGCGAUGAUGUAAUGGAUCUCGAUGCGGCAGCUGCGGUGCUCGGAUUCUAG